AUGGCGACAUCCAUUGCAACGGUGCGGCUUUCUGGUGGUGUUGCGUUGGCUACGCCACCAGUGGUCAGUACCACGAUCAACGUGAAAGCUCCGACACCACCGAUGAAUCAACGCAUCGUCAUCAGCCCGGCAGUGACGGCGCCAACCCCGGUGCCCCACCGCAACCGUUUCGGAAGGUAUGAAGCUUGUUUUAGCAUUCCUUUUGCCAGUGCACCACGCUUUCUGUUAUCUUUUUUUCCCCAAGAUCCAUUUGCCUGUAUCACAAACACGCUGAACAACAAUAACGUGGUGAAGAGUUUUGAUGCCAAGUUCAACAAAUCGGCCCACACAUCGAUGGAAGAGCUGGAUGAACUGUAUCGGGGGUUGAGCGCGGACAGUGGAAUGUACUCCAAGACUGGCGCUCCAAAUAUUAACCGCCUGAACAACAACACACUGUCUGGCAGCAGCGGUCGUGGGUCAGUGAAUGGUGGACGAUCAACGCAACCGGAAACGGCCGAUCCGUUCGAUGCAUUUAACGAUAAUUUUUCGAAAAACACCAACAAACUGGCCGACCGGCGGAACCAGCUGUUCGACGCGUUUGACGGAACUAGUGGCAAUGGAGGAAACAAAUCGGCCACCGACUCUGCACUGUUCGAUGCAUUCCGAGCGCCGCUGGCGACAGUCUCUCCAAACACUGUGCCCUCCUCUUCAACGUCAGCAACGUUCAAAUCGUUCGAGGACGAGUUUUCUAACAUGGACGCAACCAAUCUUGUCAACAACAACACAACGCUUGGGACCAGUGCGGCAUUCGGAGGCGCCGAUUUCGAGGCCAAAUUUGACGAUGCAUUCAGUGGGUUUGUUGCCGGCGGCACAACGAACGGUACCGGUCAGCGGCCCUAUGCUGCAACUCUUCCGGCCCCACCAACCAAAGCAAAGUCCGGUGCCACACUGGCGAACAAUGGGUCGUUGAGCGGCAGUCUAAAGAAAGCUUCGGCGGUCAACAGCGAUUCGCUCGGCGGUAGGCCCGUGGAACGAUUUACGGGCGAUUACUCGAAGGGCGACACGUUCGAUUCCGAUCUGAAGGCGGCCCUCGAGCGAUCGUUGGUAGAGAAAUGAUAAAGUGUUGCCGCCGCCGCUGCCGCUUUUUUGUUUUUUAACCUUCCGUAUUACCACCAAAUUACCAAAACAGUUUUAUCACCCUGACCCCGCGGAGAUUUCCAACAAAGAGACCGGGCAAUCGGGAGCAACGAGCGUAGGGAACAGGUCCCUUCAAGCGAUACAUCACCGCUCCACUAUCUACCAUUUCCUCUGGAAUAGACUGACGGACAGCGAAAGAUCAAUCACAAGUACCGAGGCGAGACAAGAAGUUGAAAACAUUUCCAUUUUGCGUACGUUAGUUUACAGCGUUUUUUAGGCAUUAAGCUUUAUAUUUUUUUUGUUUUUUUUUGUGUUUUUAUUAUUUUGUUUUUUGUUUUUGUCGUUUCGUUUGUCUUCAAACGCGCCACCUAAAAGAUAGGAUAACGGUUCAAGGCACGUUUUGCUGCCUCUGCCUCCGCAUUCCACUACUGGAACCGGAGUUUAGUAGUACGAUAGGGUACGAAUUAGACUAUAAUUUUACAACCAUACCCGAGGGCGAUCGCUUGUACGACAUGCAAUGAAUUGGGAAAGUGAACGAAUUAAACCGACAAAACGGUGCCAGUUUCAACGAGUCUUCUUAAGUGUAAAUAAUGUGUCGCAUUGCUUGGUGAUCAUGCUGAUCAACGAUUAAUGAAUUCGGCUAGCGAAGAAAUUUGAAAGAUUUCAUGGGGAACACUACAAAUCGUACAAAUUGCCCGCGCACUUUGCUAGAGCACAGGGUACCAGACAUCGAAAGGACAGAAAUCUCUCGUUUAGCCAGCGCGAGCGGUUUUUGGGCCACGAGCUCCAACACGAUAUUAGUAUUGCUUUGAGCACUAGAGUGAAUUUGCGAAAUGAGAUUUAAGAACCUGCGUGUAGCGAAGUGAAUUUCGUAGUAAAACUGAAGGGCGUUUCGGGAGGGCAAAAAUUGCAGAGCAGUAGGGGGCACUACGCAGACGCCCACCACCACUCUACGGCUUCGUUGGUUGUUAUGUAUAUUUUGUCUGUAAUAAAGAGGCCCAACACCUGUAGCAUCAACGUGUGGUGUAGAAGCUUCUUGUGGGAGGGUGACAACAUUAUCGGUGCACAGUUUCGUGGCAUGCACGCAAAAUUAGAAGCCUCCUCUCAAGAUACAAAAAACGAAUGCUUUACUCUUACUCACAACGCCAACCGGAGCGUUUAUGUUAUGCACA